GAGUAUACGAAAUUGAUGAUGUCUUCUACUAAGAUGAUCAUAUUGAAGAGUUCCGACGGGGAGAUAUUCGAGGUGGAAGAGGCGGUGGCUCUUGAGAUGCAAAUGAUCAAGUACAUGAUUGACGAUGAAUGCGUGGACACUACCAUUCCCAUCGCCAACGUGACUGGCAAGAUCUUGGCUAAGGUUAUAGAGUAUUGCAAAUCACACGCUGAAACCGCAAAGACUAGCCAGGAUGAUCUUAAAGACUUUGAUGCUAAUUUCAUCAAAGUUGACCAUACAACACUAUUGGAUCUCAUAUUGGCUGCUAAUUACCUCAACAUUAAUAGCUUGCUUGAUCUUACCUGUACAGCUGCUGCAAAUCUAAUUGAGAAGAAGACAGUGGAGGAGAUCCGCAAAAUUUUCAACAUUCAAAACGACUUCACACCUAAGGAAGAAGAAGAAAUACGUAAAGAGUAUCCUUGGGCAUUUGAAUAA